AUGACUUGUAGAAUUCAUUCUGCCAACUGUCAUUUUACCAAAACCAAACGUCCUCAGUACUUGCUGCUCUACACUUUCCUUGUCCUACUCCUCUCCAUCUUGACCUUCAGCUCCACUCUCUUCAUCUGUGGCACUCCUGGUCUUGCUUCCUAUUCAUUCAGUAAAGCCGUGAGUUCUGCCAUGUCUGAACUUGCACUCAAUUCCGAAUUUCAAAAAUUUGUUUCUGACAAUUAUCCAUUUUCGGUACCUUAUUGUAGCUCGGCCCUCAAUUAUCCUACCACCUCUCCCAUUCCAUCCUCAGUAAAAGAGCUUGUCAUGUGCACUCAUAUUCACGAGACAUUUGACGUUUGGACAGUUUUAUAUCGUAGAGUGGCACAAGGAAUUAUCGAUCAUUUAAAUGCCAAAUACCAACUUUCAUUAACUCCAAAAUAUCUCGGAAUCAACACCACUACUGGUUAUUUCAUUAAUUUGAAACAAGCCGUCGAUUCCGAAAUUUGUGACAUUGUCGUUUCUGAUACAACUUUUACCGAUGAAAGAUCCAAACUUGUGAGUUUCGCCUCCUGUGGUUAUGGCUUUAGUAGUGACGGAUUUCUUCGUACCGAGUUGGACAAUUCCACCUUGACAGGAAUUUACACCAUUUCUCAAUUAAAUCGAGCAGAUGUCAAAGUGUCAUGGUAUUACGGAACAAUUUAUGACAAGAUCGUCAAUGAAACGUUGCCACUCACUCAGAAAAUGCCAGUCAAUAAUGUGGAUGAACAAUUUCAAAUGGUUAAACAACAGCAAAUUCAUGCCUUGAUUUCCGAUGCUGUCGAUUUGGAAAAUUGGAGAUUGAAUAAUAAGGAAAGUUGUAAGACGUGUUAUGUGAAAACUUUUGGAACGACCUUUCCGUUUGGAGUGUUUACGGCAUUGAAGAGUGAAAUGUCAAUGGUUGGUGUGGAAUGGAUGAUGGUAUUGAUUGUAAUGAUUUUGUGUAUGGUAAACUUGUUGUUGUAA